AUGUCGCGGUACCAUAAUAUUGGCAACGACGCUUCUCAACAACCUCACUCUUCAUUACCACCCAUUAUUACUAGUAACUCUACUACUUCUGUUUCUCCAUCUUUAUCUUCUACCACACUUCCAGUUUCGCAGCCUCGAUACGGACAACAAAACACUUAUCAACCACAGCGUUCCUCGCCAACUUUUCCAGAAAUGGCCACACUUCCGACAUUGCCACCCAUCAGCACAUUUUCGUGCGAAAACCUAUUACCUCCAAUUUUAUCUUCAAGUCAACAAGGAAAUAGUCCUUUUGCAUACAGAGGUCAAUCAAGUUCAGAGAGGGUAGAACAAAACACACGUUAUCCUAACGGCGGCAGUAAUUUACAUUCUUUGAGCGGACAAUCAACACCUUCUCCAUAUUCCGGUUCUUCCGCUUCUUUCACUUCACAAUCACAAUCACAACCAUAUUAUCAGCAAACGAUACCACCACCACAAAGAUCACCACCCACAUCAUAUUACCCUCAGACAAAUUAUUCAUCUUCCUAUCCACC